AUGAGAGCACGUAUGGUAGGACCAGGAAGUUCUUCUUCAAAUUAUAAAGCAACUGUUGAUCCUUGUCGAUUUAUGGGAUGUGGACCUUCUUCAUCUACAACUUCUGGUUAUAGAAGACCAGGUUCUGAUGCAGCUGGACCUAUGGCAUCUCGUGGUACUUGGGCAGCUACUACAGAUAUUGGAGUUACUGCUGCUGCAGCUAAAACAAGUGAGUCAGGUUAUAGAGCUGGAUCAAAUGCAGCUGGACCUAUGGCAUCUAAGGGAA